UGUAAGUAGGAGAGGAGGCGAGAGCAGUCUUACACACAUACACACACGCUGUCUGUGCUGGGUGACGGGACACAGACACAUGCACUCAGCCAGGUACGCUUGGUGAUUUAACUGGUUAAAGGCACUGCUUGCGGACAAGGAGGAGAUGUGACGGAAAACGCAGCCAACUUUGGCCUCACGUCAGCUACCUGCCUGCCUCGUCUAAGGGAGCAUUAUGGAUUUAUUGCCAAAACACUAGACAAGAUUGUGGUGCGUGGAAAAUAAUCACUUGGAACUGCCGAACGCGAAGGACUGGGUGACUCUGACGCGCCAGGACAAUGGCAAACAGCAGCAAAGAACGCCUCUGUGCAUCUGGGGCUCCUCUCAGUCAUGUCAAUGGCUAUCCUCCGGCAGUCUACCCAUUUGCUUUCGGCGGCGGGAUUCGGAGCUCACCACCCUUCGAAGUGCUUGCUAAUGGUGGCUUCUUCCGAAAUUUCCCUACCGACCUGCCCAAAGAGAUGGCUUCUCUGUCUGUGGAAACCCAAAGUACCAGCUCCGAGGAAAUGGUCCCGAGCUCACCAUCGCCUCCGCCACCUCCACGUGUUUACAAGCCCUGCUUUGUGUGCAAUGACAAGUCUUCUGGCUAUCACUACGGAGUCAGCUCGUGCGAGGGAUGCAAGGGCUUCUUUCGCCGCAGUAUACAGAAAAACAUGGUGUACACAUGUCACCGCGACAAGAACUGCCAGAUCAAUAAGGUGACUCGGAAUCGCUGCCAGUUUUGCAGACUACAGAAGUGUUUCCAGGUUGGGAUGUCAAAAGAAGCGGUGAGAAAUGACAGGAACAAAAAGAAGAAGGAAGUGAAGGAGGAGGUGGUAGUACCGGACAGCUAUGAGAUGCCCCCCGAGAUGGAGGAGCUGAUACAAAAAGUGAGCAAAGCUCACCAGGAAACUUUCCCUUCUCUCUGCCAGCUCGGCAAAUACACCACGAACUCUAGUGCUGACCAAAGAGUGCAGCUGGAUUUAGGUUUGUGGGACAAGUUCAGUGAACUUGCCACCAAAUGCAUAAUCAAGAUAGUAGAAUUUGCCAAACGUUUGCCUGGAUUCGCCACGUUGACUAUCGCUGACCAAAUCACCUUGCUGAAAGCCGCUUGCCUUGACAUCUUGAUGCUUCGGAUCUGCACACGCUACACUCCAGAACAAGACACCAUGACCUUUUCCGAUGGUCUGACUCUAAACCGAACCCAGAUACACAAUGCUGGUUUCGGGCCCCUCACAGACUUGGUUUUUGCGUUUGCCGGCCAGCUACUUCCAUUGGAAAUGGAUGACACAGAGACCGGACUUCUAUGCGCCAUCUGUCUAAUUUGUGGAGAUCGGAUGGACUUGGAAGAACCAGAAAAGGUUGAGAAACUACAAGAGCCGCUGUUGGAGGCCCUGAAAUUUUAUGCCCGUCGACGAAGACCUAACAAACCAUACAUGUUCCCACGCAUGCUAAUGAAAAUCACUGACCUGCGUGGAAUCAGCACAAAAGGUGCCGAACGAGCAAUCACACUAAAGAUGGAGAUUCCCGGGCCGAUGCCUCCACUGAUCCGCGAGAUGCUGGAGAACCCUGAAGCUUUUGAAGAUGGCUCAGAUACACCUAAAGCCAGUGAGACGUCCUCCUGCGAGAGUAGCAAUGGAAGUCCCACAGAAGAAGAUAGCAGCGGCUCCAAAACUCCCUAGCUGUUCUAACUUAGCGUGAAUGAAAUCCCCCAGCCUGAACACUUUGUGCGAGCCACCUAGGCUUUACCCCAUAAUACAAGGCAUUCAGGGGUGAGCCUCGUCAAUUGGGUCAACCCUUUUGAAGGCUCUAUAAUGCUCUUAUUUACCGAUGCAAAACAUAUCCUCCUCUUUGAAAGAGAGAGGGGACUUGGACUGAACUUAACUACAAGCAAAAAUAUCCAGGAAACCACUGGGGUUUCAUGUAAAUGUGAUUUCUAACUCACAUAUGCACACAGGGGUAUACCAAAACUUAAAAAAGCCUUCAAGCCCCUGGUUCUAUAAGAAGCCCGAGUAAUGGGUGAAAAAAAACUCUCCUACUCCUAUGAAUUUUUCCAAAGAUUGUUUUGUUCUUUGACGUUCCGUGUCACUGUGAGAUGGGUCAUCAAACUCAUCCUUGUUCCAUUACCAUAGAGAACACAUUCCUGGAGAGGCCUGAAACACAUCAUGUGUGUACAUAUGCAUAUACAUAUAUAUAUACAAGCACACGCGUAUAUAUACACAUAUAUGUAUGUGCGUCAUUAAAUAUAUUUGCCAUUGCAAUGUUUUUUUAUGCUUUUUUUUUUCCAAUGGCUGAAACGAGGUCAUAUGACUAUAAAUAAAGCCUAUUAUUCCUUUACAAAGGCAUCAUCUGAUGCGCUAUGAAAUGUUAAAUAUGUUGCAUACGCCAUCUUCAUAUACACAAAGCGGGCUGAUAUGGACUAUUGUGAUACACGUUAUGGAGUAACCGUUUUCUCCUGGGACCUGGUAUUGAAAUUGUUAAAUACUGGUGAACAAAGUAACUUGAACUGUAUGUGUCAAAUAGCCAGCUAAAGUAACAUGUUAAAGCAACUGGUUAUUGAAGUUGGAAUAAAUAUUUUUUUAUGGUUUCAUGUAAUUA